AUGUUUGUCAAAAGUGUCUGGGCGCUAGCGACGCUCCUGGCUCCAGCUACAGCAUGGAAUACAGAUGUUCACAACCAGAUUGGCUUCAUGGCCGAGACCUUUUUUACACCAGAAACAACCUCCGUCUUGGCCGAGAUCCUGGAGCCAAAGUACAACGGCUCUGUUGGGCGCUCAGCAGCAUGGGCAGACGCUUAUGCACACACCCACGAGGGCCAUUUCUCCUAUCAAUGGCACUGGAUAGACACGCACGAUAGCCCGCCAGAGUCCUGUCACUUGGACUACACCCACGACUGUGCCAAGGGUGGAUGCGUGGUGAGUGCCAUCGCGAACCAGACGAGUAUUCUACGCGAAUGCAUCCACCAAGUUCAAAGUGGCCAUCUGACAGGGGGAACCAAUUUGACCUGCUCUUAUGCUCUGAAAUGGGUAGCACAUUUCUUUGGAGACAUCCACCAGCCCCUGCAUUCGAGUGGGCGAGCCGUGGGUGGUAACACUUACAAGGUAGUGUUCGGAAACGUCUCAACCCAACUUCAUGCUGUCUGGGACGGCUAUCUGCCUUAUUAUGCGGCAAAUGUCAGUGAGCCCUUUUCCAACCAAUCAAUCGAUGGGUUUUUUACUGGCCUCGUUUCACGCAUCCGCAAAGAUGCGUUUUACUCGGCGCCGUACAUGUGGCUUUCUUGCGUGGAACCUUCUACUCCAGAGGAGUGUGCCACAAGCUGGGCGAAAGAGAGCAAUCGCUGGGACUGUGCCUACGUGUACAGUCGCGUGCAAAAUGACACUGAUCUUGCAACAGAUGGGUACGCAGCGGGCGCUAUCACUAUUGUUGAAUUGCAGAUCAGCAAAGCUGCGCUCAGACUGGGCACAUGGCUUAAUAAACUUGUCGAGGGGAGCAAACACGCCUCUGGGGAACAAGAGACCGUUGAGCUAUAAGCUUAUUUGUAAGAUUGGGCGUGGAGCUGCCCUAGACUUGAAGCUGAGCCAUGUACAGUAUGGUAAAGUGAUCGAUAGCAAGUUGUUGGUCACGAAAUGAAGCCAGUC